AUGCGUGGAAUACCAAUGGCUGCGCGUCUGAUGACAUGGCUGACUAUCGACCAGAUUGCUGUCCAGUUCUGGUAUGAGUGGCAUGACGAGUCGGGCCAGUGGUGGCGGACGUAUGGCCUCGAGGACUGGACUUUCGCCGAGAACGGCCUGAUGCGCAAGAGGCAGAUGAGCGGAAACGAUGUCAAGAUCGAGCAGACGCAGAGGUGGUUCCGCGAUGGCGUUGAUGUGAACGCCGUUGCCAUCACCGAGGAGCACUGGUAG